AUGGCCCGCAUCCAGAUUCCCCUUGACGCCCUGACGUCGCGCCUCAACUUCCAGGAACGCUUCGGCAGCCUGUCGACAGGCACCGUCGGCAGCCGCUUUUCGAACCUGCGUCCUAUUUCCGACUUCCUGGACUUCAAGCGCCUCAGCAAGCCCGCCAACUUUGGCGAGGCGCAGUCGCGUGUCAACUACAACCUGAGCCACUACUCGAGCAACUAUGCCGUCGUCUUUGCCAUGCUGAGCUUGUACGCUCUGCUCACCAACUGGCUGCUCAUGUUCGACAUCAUCUUUGUCGUCGCCGGUAUGUUCAUCAUUGGCCGCCUCGACGGCCGCGACCUUGAGAUCGGUACCUUCAAGGCCACCACGUCGCAGCUGUACACCGGUCUCCUCGUUAUCGCCAUUCCCCUGGGUCUUCUCGCGUCGCCCUUUGCGACGCUCCUGUGGCUCAUUGGCGCAUCUGGCGUGGUCAUUCUCGGCCACGCUUCUUUCAUGGACAAGCCUAUCGAUGAGGCUUUUUCCGGGGAGGCGGUCUAA